CCGAUCGUGCCCUAAUUCUUAAACCCUAAUUUUUGAACUCUCUGUAACCCUAAAUCAACCGAAUAACGGCCCUUCUUCCUCCCUCUUUUAAAUCGGACGUACUCUAGUUGUCAGUUUCUUCGUCAAAACCCUAGAAAUCAUACCAAAUGGACACUCACUCUUCACACUUGACAGCACCAGUCCGUUCACGAAGCUCACAAUCUCAGUCCCCAUCCCACUCUGCCUCGGCCUCCGCAACCUCAUCCAUCCACAAGCGCAAGCUGGCGUCUGACAACCACGCGCCACCCUUUCCCUCCUCGUUUUCCGACACACGCGACGGACUCACAUCCAAUGACGACCUCGAGAGCAUCAGCGCCCGGGGCGCCGAUUCCGACUCUGACGAAGAGUCGGAAGAAGUCGACGAGGAGGAGGAAGAGUACGAUGACUCGUCAAUGCGCACAUUCACGGCAUCGAGGUUGGAGAACAGUGUGGGGCCAACAUCAAGAAAUACGAAGCUGAAGACAAAAAAUUCUGUGAAAAUUGAGCACGCGGAGGUUGGGAAAGAUGGUGGUACAGCAAAUUCAGGCAAUACAUCGGCACAGGCAACCGGUAAUUCUGUUUCAGGAAUAGUGGUGAAGGAGGAUACAUGCAAGAAUAUUUUUACGGAGAAUAUACAGACUAGCGGGGCGUAUUGUUCAAGGGAAGAAACUUUAAAACGAGAGGAGGAAGCAGGAAAACUCAAGUUUGCCUGCGUUUCAAAUGAUGGUAUUGAUGAGCAUAUGCUUUGGUUGAUAGGAUUGAAGAAUAUAUUUGCCAGGCAGCUACCUAACAUGCCUAAAGAGUACAUAGUCCGUCUUGUGAUGGACAGAAGUCAUAAAUCUGUGAUGGUUAUCGGGCCCAAUCACGUUGUUGGUGGCAUAACAUACCGCCCUUAUGUCAGCCAAAAGUUUGGUGAGAUAGCUUUUUGCGCUAUCACAGCAGAUGAACAAGUAAAAGGAUACGGCACCCGACUAAUGAAUCAUUUGAAGCAGCAUGCACGUGAUGUUGACGGGCUUACUCACUUUCUUACUUAUGCUGACAAUAACGCUGUUGGUUAUUUUGUCAAACAGGGCUUUACCAAAGAUAUUUUUCUGGAGAAAGAACGAUGGCAUGGGUAUAUUAAGGAUUAUGACGGAGGGAUCCUUAUGGAAUGCAAAAUAGAUCCAAAGCUUCCAUACACUGAUUUAGCGCCCAUGAUUCGCCGUCAGAGGCAGGCAAUUGAUGAAAAGAUAAGAGAGCUCUCGAACUGUCACAUUGUCUACCCUGGAAUUGAUUUUCAGAAGAAAGAAGCUGGUAUUCCUAAAAAAGCCAUCAAAGUUGAGGAUAUUCCUGGUUUGAGGGAGGCUGGGUGGACUUCUGAUCAAUAUGGCCAUUCUCGGUUCAAAACAGUGAAUACUUCUGCAGACAGUACCUCAAAUCAAAAGUCACUGACUGCAUUCAUGAGAUCACUAGUAAAGGCAAUGCAUGACCAUCCUGAUGCGUGGCCAUUCAAGGAUCCAAUUGAUGCACGUGACGUCCCUGACUAUUAUGAUAUCAUUAAAGAUCCAAUGGAUUUGAAAUCAAUGGCGAAGCGAGUAGAUUCAGAGCUGUGUUAUGUGACAUUUGAGAUGUUUGUUGCCGAUGUCCGGAGGAUGUUUUCAAAUGCACGGACUUAUAACGCUCCUGAAACCAUUUAUUACAAGUGUGCAGGCAGACUGGAGGCUUAUUUCUCAAGCAAAGUUCAGUCGGGUCUCCAAUCUACCCUCAAAAUUCUGCAGUGAUGGAUUUGUAUAUUUGAAAGUGUAAUGUGUAUUAAAAUUAUAGUAUUUGAAGUCUUGCCACUGCUACAAAUUUAGGAUAAAUAAACUUGAAAAUGGGCAUAGAAAAUUCUGUUUUAUCCAGUAUUUUAAUAUCAUUUAAC